AUGCCCCUCCUGUCGUUCAGCAACCCACGGAACAAGGCGACGUUGAUCGCCGCGCUAUUACUGCUGGAGUUUAUAGCUAUUCUCUGGUUCCGGGACUCAAGGCCUAGAAGCGAGAACAUCUCUCGCACAUCUAUCCUCAACCGAAGUUCAAGCCAUGAUCAGUACCACGUUCAGGACGAUUUACAGUAUCGGCAGCAACAGCAACACAAUGGAGAGCAUCAUCAAAGACAUGAAGAUGGCCAUGGAGAUCGGGUCGGUGCUAAUACAAGGGAGCCCAAAGCAGACCUCAGGGCAAGAGGAUGGAGUAUCGAAGAUGGAGAGGAACAAAAGGACCGCCGCUAUCACCACCAUCAUCAUCAUCACCACCAACAUCAAGAGUCAAAACACCCCGCGGCAACCGUGGCUGGAUCUAUAGACACAAAGGAUGGUAGCAAUAUUCCGGCAACAAAAAAAAGCGCGCUUUCCUCGUUUAAAGAGCAUAUUAUCAAGUCAUCCUCAGCACUUGGGCCUUCAAUCAAAGACGAAAAGAACACCAUAUCCAGUAAAUUCAUCACCAGUACAGGUAACAGCCGGAGUAGUAUCAGGGGCAUGGUUAGAAAAUCCUCCAGAAAGUCAGCGAACAAGCAGAAAGGAUAUCCUGCAAAGAGCCAUAAACAUCGCGUCCAGGCCAAGAACCAGCGCGCAGGAUUCAAAUCGACCGAGGAACGGAAACUGGCCCAACUAAUCCCAGCACUAGAUGAGAACGGGAUGAUCAUCGAAAACCAUUUUAUUUCUCCGCGAGAUACAGACGGCGAUGGGACCCCGGAUUCCUAUGUUCUGCUGCGCCCAGCGGCCGAUUCGGAGUACAUGAUGGACAUCGGGCUCUUUGAUGAUGAGAUCGUGGCACCUGUACCGGCGGCCUUGUCCUCAGAGUUCACAGCGAGAGACCCUGCAGCCACCAUCAUUACUACAGCAGCAUCUGCGAUGGAGGUACCUGUCGAAACAGCUAUUUGCGAAGAUGCUGGCGCCGGCCCCAACACAUCGUCUCCUUUGUUGUCUGCGGCCCCAUCGAUGUUAGCCGCAUAG